CAAGGUAACACAUUGUACACAGAUACAGGAACGAGAACAAUUCAUAAUUUCAUAAACCAAUCUGCAGAUCGAAGACCAGCGAAUUAAAGGUAGAUUUAUAUUUUAAAAUACUACGGUAUUUUAAAGUUUAGUUAUUUACUAAAGAGUAUCUAUUGUUGGAUUAUUAUUAUGGAAUUUUCAACGGUGUCAUCCCAUGAUAGAUAAACCGCGGAGAGUUCAUCAAGGGUUGAGAAAAUAAUCCCAGUAUAACAAUUGAAGAUAAUACAAAUGGUCAACAUUUGCUUUACAACGGUAGCAAUUACAUUGAAUAGUCUUUGGUGGUUGUGCUCACUGUUAUUCCCUAAAGAUGCCCCCAGAAGGAGGGAAGUCAGAUAUGGAGAAGAUUGGAGUCUUCAAGGAAAUGGGAUACAUCUCCAUUGGGGACAAAUACACCCCUUUUAUUCCCCGUAAGUACACCAUGUCUAGGUAAUGACAGUGGACAAGGGAUUUCAAUUAGAUUAUAGAUAUUUCACACUAUUGAAGUCUAUACAGACAAGUAAGGCAGGAUGAGAUAGUUGACUGUAAUAUUUAUGGUAAAAAAAUGUAACUUUAAUCCCAUUUCACUUACCCUUUAAGGUCCUUGCAAUGAGUCUGCUCAGAAGGGUAAACAGCUACUAACUGGUGGGGCCACCAAGAAGAGGUCAGGGUUACAAGUGGGCUACUUUGACACUCACUUUAAGCGGGUCUUUGAGAGAGAAGCCCUCACAGACCCUGUGAGGCUCGCCCGGCAAUACAGGAGUCAGCAGUCCAAGAAGAACGUAGGUAGCGCCUUCCUCCCCAGCAAUGGAGAGAAGAAACCGUAAGCCAUGAGUUCAAAAAUAAUAAUUCACAGAUCAUAUGGUUAAUGGAAGAGCACACAUCUACUUGAGGUUUAGGCUUAACAAGACUUUAAAAGGCUGCUUUAGAACAGAUGGUGCAUAAUGCCAGCCCAUAGACAUGAGCCCCUUGUUUUGGUGAUGAUCUUGAUUACGUUAAGAGACUUUAAGAUGAAAGCAAAUAAAGAAUGGAUCUCCCUGACCAAAACAGACUAUGUAAUUUAUGUGAAAUAGUUGAGGUUGACAUGGUUACAGGCUUAAUUUGAAUCAGCAGAUGAGAAGGACCUCCAGAGCUCCGUUUCCAUUCCGUCAUGCAGUUUGUUCCCCAGCUGCGUAAGGCGUUCUGUAUUCCUCUACCAUUCAGAGAAACAUAUUGUUUCUGUUUGGCCCUAAUCAACUCAGAGACCAGGACUGUGGCCCAAAUGACACCCUAUUCCCUACAUAGUGCUAUACUUUUGACCAGAGCCCAAUGGGUAGUAGAGCCCUGUGGUCCCUGGUCAAAAGUAGUGUUCUAUAUAGGUAAUAGUGUGCCAUUUGGGACACAGGCCGGGAACCAGGGACCAGCCACACAGCCAGAGAGCUGACACCAUGGAAAUGACUGGGGCCCAAUUAAAUUAGACCUGAACAAACUAUACUGCAUUUCUCAGACAGUCUGCUUGCACAGUGGCAUGCAGCGAUUGAUGCCAGAACUUGGCUUGCUCCCAUUAUUCAAGGUCAGGGGUUGGCAGCUACUACGGAACUCUGAGUGGUCCCAUCCAGUCCAUGAGUCCUAUGAAGGUCCCCAGGAAGCCGUGCAAACCACCAGGCAAGAACAUCCUUACCAACCCGCCCAAGAGGGGAAGUGGAUACAGGUUCAGUAUGUCUGUAGAUGAUGGGAUGUGUCCCAAAUGGCACCCUAUUUCCUAUAUAGUGCACUAUGUAGGGAUUAAGGGACCAUUUGGGAUGCAACCAUUGUGUUGUUUCACUGUACUUAACAGGACAGUAUUAUGUUUUCAUGCAUGGAUAGUGAUGAAUCCUUUUGUCCCAUAGCUAUCCGAAUGUCACCCUGUCCAAAGUUGACCCUUACUCCUCGGACCCCUAUGACAGAGCGAAUGAGAUGUUGAAGGUGUGCGGCCUGGAGAAUAGUGGUGUUGAAAACACAGAGAUCCUAUUCAAUGUUCUAUAUGUAAUUCUAUGGUUGAAACAGUGUCCAAGAUAAUAAUUUAUAUCCAGAGGUACAUGCGUUCUCUAACUAUACAGGGGAAUGUAUGUUUUUCCAGAAAGACGCAGUAAGCCAUAAAGCUAUGCUGAAAGGUGGUGCUUUCCACUUGAACCUCCACCCAAAGGAAUGUUUCGACAACAACCCGUACAAACUGGACAAGCCUCUGCCGCCUCUGAAGAGAUUGGAGGAGAGGAAGAGAUUUGUGGUUCCCUUCAAACCCAGCUCACCAAACAAAAGGGUGAAAGUGCAGAGAGGAGACAGACAACAGACCUUAUGAUUUAUUAUUACAAGUGUGUGUGUAAUAGGAGGAGAUUUUAUGAGGAGAUUUUCUCUGUUUUAGAUCGGCGGCAUGAAAGCAGGUACGUUUGACAUUUACCCGUCUCACUCUGCUGACCCCUACAUCACCCGGAGAUCCAAGUCUGUGACCGUGAAUAAGGAAGAAAAGGUAUUCCACCCAUCUCCCGGGCCAAAGAGCACCCCUGUGAAGAGCAUCAUCAAUGUUAAUGUGAACAGGUGAGACUCCAUUUCGGCCAUCCAUAUCCUCUCAGACAGAAUAAUAGUUUUAGGCCACUGUGUUUGACUGUUUGGGUCUUUGGUUUUUCAGGGCAGUGCACUCUGCAAACUACACCAUGAAUAUACCAUCUGUGAUGGCAUACUGAUGUGAAAACUUGCUAUCUGAGGGUGUACUGAAUUAUGUUGUUCAAAUAUCAAUAUAUUUUAAUUAUCUUUCACAUUGACAUUUUAAGUUUUUGAAAAAUCCAGUAUAACACUAAGAAAUGGUGCUGUCCUGUUGAGUGUGUAAGCUGGAAGCCCCACCAUGAUGCCUGACCUGCACUGAAUGAUUUAUGAGUCUCCAUGGAAACUCCUAACAAAUAGACAACCGGCUCCUGUUGGACUUUAUUGACGUAUUAAAGGC